AUGAAUCGGUCCUCUUCGGUUGGCCUUGAAAACAGCUGUGAUCAUUUAUUUUUUCCAGUUCGUCUCCGAUACAAUUUUUCCGAUCUAACACACAGUAAUCUGAUCGUAGCGGCUCUUCUCAGCAUCGUCGCCUGUCCGUUCACCUGGUUUUUGAACGCGAUGGUUAUUUUGGCCGUCAAAACCAAACGACGUCUUCAAACUCACUCCAACAUGUUUUUGGCAUCUUUAGCGCUUACUGAUCUAGUGACUGGGAUGAUUGUUCAACCUUUGCAUGGAGUUAUGACAAUUUUUAUGCUGCAGAGAAAAGGUUUUCACGAGUUUUGCCAAGUAAAUCUGGCUUUUAGCUUCUCCUUCUCACUAAUUUGCCAUUCUGUAUUAUGUCACUUGGUUUUGAUAUGCGGAGAACGAUACCUCACAAUCAAAUACUCUUUCACACAUCACGAAAUGCUCACUAAAACGCGUGUUAUAGUUUUAUCAGCUUGCGCCUGGAUCCCGGGCAUUCUUGUUUACUUCUUUUUGUCCAGGGCAACAAGGAUUCCAGUCACAGUUGUCACAAUAGCAUUGUUGAGUUCAAUCAUCUGCCUUCAGGUCCUCGUGUAUAAGGAAGCCAGACGCCAUGAAAAGCGGAUUCUUGCCUGUCAAGUUUCUGAGGAGGCCAAAGCCAAAUUCAAGGGAGAAAAAAAGGCCUUGAAGUCAACCACUUUGAUGAUAGUGAUAAUUUUGCUAUUUUUCAUUUUGCCAAUAGGUCUAAUGGCCGCCACAUGGUUUCUAUUCGGAGAAAAGUUUUCGGAAAGCGAAAAAACUACAGUUCGUCAUUUCGUGUUUGGAUUAAUACAAUUGAUUUCUACUGUCAACCCGAUUAUACACGUUUGUCGAAACAAACAAUUUCUCGUCGCAUUUAUUGAAUUGCUGUCAAGAAAAGGUUUCCAAGAGGCCGAAGAAAUUGCAAGGAAUCUGUGUAGACCAAGACGCGUUGGAGUGAGACCUGAAGCUCGACAAGGAAUAGAAAUGGUGUAA